AUGUCGAUCGAAUAUUAUCAAGGCGGAAUAGAGGUGGAAUUGACCAGUCACAAUGGUCCCAUUGUCUCUCGCACGAUGCCACAAGACUUUGAAUACCGUGGUGGUGACAAUGGUGCUGCGGCCCGUCGUAAUGACACCAUGCAUCAGCCUCGCCGGAGUUACGAUGGAAACAUGCCUACCGCGAUACCUGUCAAACGUUUGAUGAGUUUUGGUGGGUUAGACAGCGGAGACAUGGUGGGGGACAAUAAUAACACUAAUAAGAAUGAUACAAACGUCGAUAACAAGGGCGCGGUCAGUGCAGUUUGGGACGCACCGCCGAGUGGUAUUGAAAAGGAAAAUGAGUCUUCUCGGUUCCUGCGAUCCUACGAGAAGCGACCAGAACAUACCCAUACAGCUUCAUACCGAAGCCUGAAAAGACGAGAGGACAUGGACGAUAACAGGAGCACGUAUUCGCACAGCGAACUGGACGAUGACAAUGCCUCGGACAUUAGUAGCAGUGCUAUGGGGAGUAUGCGACGACGAAACCGCAUUAGUCAGAUCCACGCCGAACGAUUGCUGAGAAGGAAGGAGAAGGACGUUCUCGAAAAGUCAAAGAAGCCACUUCGCGCCAAAACUUCCAUCAACGAGGUCCAACCAACCAGCAUCAGUAACUUGAAAGUAGAUCCAAAAAAUGUAUCGUUUGGUGGUGGUGGCAAUAUCCCAGAAGCUUCCAAGCCGAUGUCCAUGGAAAGCAAACUUUGGAAAGUUACACCCAAAGAAACAGCUCUUUUCACCAGCACCGAUUCUUCCAGUGCAAGUGCCAGCACAGAAGACAAGUCAAAUGGACCAUUGGCACCCACUGCUGCCAAGAGAAGCUUUGGUGAAGGCAACAAAUUCAAGUUUGACGAUCCAUCCAGCAACAACAGUGUCAUUACCAGCAGCGUAGCGAACAGUCCUGAUCGAAGUGUGGCCACCAAUUGGACCAAUUUGACUUAUAGCACGGCCGGUAGUGGACGAGUCUAUCGAACACAGAUUUCGUGCACCUGCAAAUACAAAGGGAGGGUGAUGGACAAGGUUGUCAAGCUUAAUCCAGAUGAUUUGCAAAUCGGACGGAUACUGGAAGGACUGGAGAAUGGCUUUGUGGAGCACGAAGACUUUGCAAGUGCCCUGAUCAAUGCUCUAUUUGAUUAUGAUAUCAAGAAGGAGCCAUUGCACGGACUAAAAGAAUGGGACAUUGCAAAUGCAACCUUGUUACGACUAGAAGAAACUGAGAAAGAAACGGAUAAGGCGAAAGAGUUGAACACAACCACAACGAGUGAGACCACCACUGAAACUACAGGUUCCGACGAACCGGCACCUCCGGUGCCUGAGGAAGAUGCCGACAUUCUCAGCCCACCGGCAACAAAACGAAUCACAGCUCCAGUGUUCGAUAACAACAACAAUAGUUUUGGAAAGCCUCCUCUGUCGCCCAAAGAAGCGGGAUACGCUCGGUUUGCGGCGGAAAAGACCGCUUCGUUGCAGUACAAGGAUGUCUUUGGGAUGGCAUCGGCCAAGGGGAUUAUUCACUUUUACGAGGAUAGGGAUGAAAUUUGGAUUGAAGACUAUAACUUUUGUUUUGCAAGUCGGCGAUUCAAGUUUUUGAGUGACUGA